ACGAGCGGUCAGGCUCAUGACGCCGCUUAAGCACGAGAAAGGUCUUUCCAAACACACAGGGGACGUGGAAGAGACAACACUCCGGGGACUAUUGCAAGAGCCGCAGGCUGGCGAGGAGGAGCCACGAGGCCGCCGACGGAACCACGCGCGCGGGAGCAGAGGGGGCGUGAUGGCGGCAGAGGCCGCGGGGAGGACCCUGUUGCUAGUGAACCUGGCGGCCAUCAUGGAGCGCGCGGACGAGGCGCUGCUGCCGGCGGUGUACCGGGAAGUGGGCGCCGCGCUUCACGCCACGCCCAUGGGGCUCGGCGCGCUCACGCUGUACCGCUCCUUCGUGCAGGCCGCGUGCUACCCGCUCGCGGCCUACGCCGCCGUGCGCUACAACCGCGCCCACGUCAUCGCAGUGGGGGCUUUCCUCUGGGCCGCCGCCACCUUCCUCGUCGCCGUGUCCGGCACCUUCACCCAGGUAGCGGCAGCCAGGGGACUGAAUGGUGUUGGGCUAGCACUCGUCACUCCAGCUAUCCAGUCUCUAGUCGCAGACUACACUGAUGAUAACAACCGGGGAUCUGCGUUUGGAUGGCUUCAACUCACCGGCAACAUAGGUUCAGUGAUUGGAGGCCUGUUCUCCAUCAUGUUAGCACCAAACACAGUCAUGGGUAUCGCCGGUUGGCGCAUCGCGUUUCACGCUGUUGCUCUCAUCAGCAUGGUAGUCGGCAUGUUGGUUCGUCUAUUUGCAGUGGACCCUCAUUUUUGCAACGCCGAUGAUGGCGAACAGAAUUUGCGCAAGUCUGCAUGGGCAGAAAUGAAGGAUUUGGUCACAGAAGCCAAGGCUGUUAUGAAGAUACCAUCAUUUCAGAUCAUCGUGGCUCAGGGCAUCACAGGGUCAUUCCCAUGGUCUGCCCUGUCGUUUGCCCCAAUGUGGUUGGAGCUGAUGGGCUUUACCCACACAAAAACUGGACUUCUCACAACAAUAUUUGCACUGGCAAGUUCGCUUGGAGGACUCUUUGGUGGAAAGAUGGGGGACUAUCUCUCUGUCCGCUUCCCAGAUUCUGGUCGGAUAGUGCUGUCUCAAAUAAGCUCGGCUUCUGCAGUUCCGCUUGCAGCUCUGUUGCUUCUUGGACUACCUGAUGACUCCUCCACUGGUUUCUUGCAUGGACUUGUCAUGUUUAUCAUGGGGUUAAGCAUCUCCUGGAACGGUCCUGCUACCAACAACCCCAUAUUUGCAGAGAUCGUUCCUGAGAGAUCAAGAGCAAGUAUCUACGCGCUGGACCGUUCCUUUGAGUCAGUUCUAGCCUCAUUUGCUCCACCGGUCGUUGGCUUCUUAGCCGAGCAUGCCUACGGCUACAAGCCGGUCUCCUAUGGGGCUGGAGUUAACAGUGUUGGAAGGGACAGGUCCAAUGCCACUGCCCUAGCCAAAGCUCUCUACACUGCGAUUUCUAUCCCGAUGUUGUUGUGCUGCUUCAUCUACUACCUGCUGUACCGGACAUACCCGUGUGACAGGGAGAGAGCAAGAAUGGAUACUCUGAUAGCGUCAGAGCUGCAGCAGAUCGAGCUGGAAAGGUGUCAUGGAGUAGCUGACUACUGUGCUGGAGGGAAGGAUGGCACUGUUACUGAUAUCGAGUAUUCCGAGGAAGAGCUUGAUGCUGAUGACGAUGAGAAAGCGUCAAUGCUGCAUCACCAAGUUGAACAGAGUGGUAGUAUCACAUGACAAGAAUUUUCACCAGUUCAUGAUGAUGAUUUCAGAUUUGCCAAACUAGCUUUAGGAGUUCUGUACAAAAAAUAUCGAGUAUAUGGGUGAUAACUCUCACGGAAGAUUGCAUAUCUACGAGCGAUAAGUUUACGGUACUGUUGCUUUGUUUGUUGGUCGUAUGGAAACAUUUGUUCAUGUA